GCGUGGAUGGAAGGGGCGGGCCGAUGCGGAGGGCCGGCGGGCCCGCUCUCCAGCCCGGCGCGAGGCCGGCGGGCACCGCGGCCGGCAGGGGCUGCAGCGGGGGCCUCGCCCAGCUGGCCGCGCUGGCGCUGCUGGCGGCGGGGCUGCUGCUGGUGGCCUCGAAGGACUUCGACGCCGCGGCCUUGGGCCGCCUGCAGCGCCCGCUGUUGGGCGAGCAGCAGGACGGCGUCACGGCUGGCCUCGGAGGCGGCACCGCCGAUGGGGAGGCGGAGCAGCAGGACGGCGUCGAUGCGGGCCUCGGAGGCGGCACCGCUGGCCGGGAGACGGCGGUCUCCCACGACGUGGCGGUCCACAACGAGACGGGCUUGUGCGUGCCCGGGGGGCCAGCCAGUCUUGGCAUGAGCUUCACUGGGCAGAAGAUCGGAGCAUCGAUUGCCGUGCACCCUCCGCGCUUCUAUGCGAUCGCGCAGCUGCUGGAGGAGUACGUGUCGUGCCCGGCGGCCGUGAGUGCGCUUGGGCUCUUCUUGGUUUUCAGCAGCGCGCAGGACAUGGAUCUCUUCCGAGCCGCCGUGCAGUGCUUGAACCCUGCGGUGCCCCACAACGCAUACACGCCUGUGGUGGUGAGGGAUCCAUACACUGGCUGGAGGAAGGCUAGCGGCUUCGAGAACCAGUUCAUUGCAGCCUACAAGAAGUGGUACGGAAUCGCACACAUGAUGGAUCUCGCUUCCGGCGUGCCCGAGUACGGAAUGAUGCUUGAUGCCGAGCUGCUCUUGUACGAGAUGCACGCUCCAGAGUCCCACCGAAAGGGUUGCCGCAAGGGCAGUGCAUGGGCAGAGUUGUUGGGAAGGAUACGCCGGGCGGAGGCGAAGAAGGAAUGGUUGGCCGCGCGGGUCAGUGAGACUCUCAAGAUCUAUAAGUUCGGCAACGACCUUAAGAGUGGCAAGAUGUUCGACCAGCUUCUGAUCGGUGGAAAUGCCAACUUCAUCACCAAGGGCGUUUGGAAAGUGGAUACGGGAAAAACUGGCACAGAGCCCUUCACAUGUUACAAGGGGCGCGAUCGCUCUGAGCCCGAGUGCCUCGAGAUCCGCAAGCAAUACGAGGAUGGACUUUUUACUUGGUGGACCGACAUCCCGUGGAUGAAUCUCACCGUUGCCAUGCGGCUGUUGAAGCACGUGCUCCCGGAAAACAGAACCCUUCAACAGCAGGACAGCUAUUGCGAGAUUGCCACGCACGUCCGUUUUCAACGUUUCGAGCACAUUCACUACCAGCAGUGGACGGUACUCAACGAAGGCUUCCGCUUCCGGGACGUCACGAACCUCACCGGGGAGGCCAAAUGGGGCUCCUACCUGGAGGACCCGAUGCCCGGCACGCGGCUGGAGGAGCUCGCCCCGAUGUGGAUCUCGGGCCAGGCAGUGGAGAGGGCCGAGAAGGGCACGAUCGUGGGGCCCCCCGCCGCCGAGCCGCCGCUGCUGAUCUUCCACAGCGACCACGGGAACCCCCGCAAGAACUUCCUGCCGAAGCGGAAGCAGCUGAAGAAGCAUUGGGGGUUGUCGUGGGCGGGUAAGGCUUCGGGUUGCGAGUGGCUGGUCUGCGAGGAAGUCCUGAGGGGUCAGGGCCGGGACGACUGGAGCGCGAAGGACAUCGAGCGCUAG